GUCAUAGCCUCAGCCCACAAUUUUGAGUACUUUAAUUAAAGAGCCAUAAUGGACACAGCCAGCCACAGCUUGGUCCUUCUGCAGCAAUUGAACAUGCAACGAGAAUUUGGUUUUCUGUGUGAUUGCACAGUUGCUAUUGGAGAUGUUUACUUUAAAGCCCAUCGAGCCGUGCUUGCUGCUUUUUCUAACUAUUUCAAGAUGAUAUUUAUCCAUCAAACAAGUGAAUGCAUAAAAAUACAACCAACUGACAUCCAACCUGACAUAUUCAGCUACUUGUUGCACAUUAUGUACACGGGGAAAGGACCAAAACAGAUCGUGGAUCAUAGUCGUUUGGAAGAAGGGAUUCGAUUUCUUCACGCAGACUACCUUUCUCAUAUUGCAACUGAAAUGAAUCAAGUGUUCUCCCCGGAGACCGUGCAGUCCUCUAAUUUGUACGGCAUUCAGAUCUCCACAACCCAAAAGACACCCAUCAAACAAGGGCUGGAAGUCAAAGAUCCUCCUCCCGCUAACAGCGGAAACAGAGCCGCUGUCCAGGGCGAUCACCCCCAGCUGCAGCUGUCUCUGGCGAUCGGGUUGGAUGACGGCGCUUCGGGGCAGCAGCGGGCCCACGCAGCCACCCAGGCCUUGGAGGAGCAUCAGAAGUCCCCAGUGUCCAUCAAACAGGAGAGAUGUGACCCAGACUCGGGGAUCUCCCAAAGCCAUGUUUCUCCCUCGUCAGAGGUGACAGGCCCCACCUUCACUGACAGCAGCAUCAAAGUACACCUCUGCCAUUACUGUGGAGAACGGUUUGAUUCCCGUGGUGACCUAAGACAGCACCUCCAUACCCACGUGUCCGGAUCCCUCCCGUUUGGAGUCCCCGCUUCCAUUCUGGAAAGCAAUGACCUGGGCGAAGUGCACCCGCUCAGUGAAAUUAGUGAGGCCCUUGAGUGCCGCAGGCUCAGCUCCUUCAUGGUCAAGGAGAACGAACAGCAGCCUGACCACUCGCACCGGGGUAACCCAGAGCCUUUGCAGAUCAGUCAGGUGUCUUUGAUCUCCAAAGACACUGAGCCCGUGGAACUAAACUGCAAUUUUUCUUUCUCAAGAAAACGAAAAAUCAGCUGUACCAUCUGUGGUCAUAAAUUUCUCCGAAAGAGCCAAUUGUUGGAACACAUGUAUACACACAAAGGUAAAUCCUACAGAUACAAUCGAUACCAAAGGUUCGGUAAUGCAUUAGCCCCCCGGUGUCAGCCCUACUGUGACAGUUGGUCCGAUGUCUCCUUGAAAAGUUCUCACUUAUCGCAAGAACAGCUAGACUCCUCUUGUGCCUUAGAGACAGAGCCCACGCAAGAAAACGUGGACACAAUCUUAGUUGAGUAACAGUUUAUGUAGCAGUUUUUAUAUCAACUCUGAAAAAACACAUGCCUUUUCUAAA